UGGCCUUUGCGUCGCAUCAAAGCGACACUGGCUGGUUCCGCUGCUUUGUUCUCUGGAGCCACGGUCAAUUUCGUCACCCGGAGCCUGCAUCGCCGUGGCCAAGGUUACUGUGCGGCGCUGUGCAGCGAUCGCCCAGUGUGGCUGGUGCAGCGCUUUGCCUUUCGCCGUUCCUGAGACGUCCUUGUGGCCCAUUUUGUUCUGCACAACCUAUAUUAGCUCAGGUUUCGUUCUACUCUCUUUCGCCUUCCCACUUCUUCCUGCUCACGACGCUCACGACCACAUUCUAUCUUGUUCCACGAUCCCAACUUACUCUACGCUCGUGCCACUCAAAGCCAACCUCUAGUCGUCCUCUCUAUCUGCUAACUGCCCCUGAACCCAACUCUGUUCCACCGCCCGGCCCCGCCAUCAACCCCGCGCGCCAUCACGAACAUUAGGAAAUAUUGCCCGAAUGUCUGGGUCGCUUCCAUUUGUCGCGCCUUUUGUUUCGCAGCGGAGUUUCUACUUACCGCCAGCGAAUGGCGCGUGCUCCGAGUCGAUCACAUCCGCUCCGGUGCCUCAAAUUCGUGAUCAGUUUAAGCCUGGCCCAGUUCGAAGUCGCGACUUAUACGGCGUCACCGGGCAGUCACCGAUGGAACAUCUCCUUCGCUUCCAGCUCGCCCACCACCGCUCCUCCCAGAUACCACACUACGACUACUCCCAUACUAUUCAAUAUCAGCCGGUAAUGUCCUCACAGUCUUACCUUCGAUCCUCUGCGCCACAUUCGCACCCAGUGCCGAUACCCAACGCGCAGUCGUAUCAGCGGGACUCUUCUGUCUCGUCCUACUCGCCUUCCGUCAAUGACUUCCCUCCCCCUCCCGGACUUCCUCUCCCCCCUCCUGGAUAUGCCCCUCCUUCCGGAGGCGUUCCUCCGCCGUCCGCAUUUGCCUUGCCGCCCUCUUAUGGCAUGGCGGGGGAUCAUGAUCCGGCGGCCAUGGCUCACAAGAACAUGUACGGCGGCGGUGAGCAAGGCAACGAACAACUCUGGGCGUACCAGGAGCGACCGGCGCAAGGCGAUCUUUACAACGGCGGCUCCUACCACUCGCAGGAGUCCUUCCCCAGCGCCGAGGAUGCCAACAGCCUGCUCAAUCGCUACCUCAAGCAGGAACCCCCUGUCAUCAGCCUCGACGAUCUGUCGUCCAACUACUUUCCUGCGGACGUCGCCGACCCUGCGCUGGCCUCUUACCACACGCUACACGGUCAGGGCCACGAUUCGAUGACUGCGGACUUCGGAUACGGCUUUGACCAUCCCGCCCAGCCGCAGAGCUACGACGGCGGGUCGCCGUCGUUUACCCUCACCUCGGACCCAAACCUGCAGUAUCCGCCGCCGUCCGAGUCGGUCCCCCGCUUUGUCAGCCCCGCUCAGAUCUCCCCCGGCAUGUCGCCCGCCACGCCGCUUCACACCGUGGACAAUAACGAAACGGCUGGCCUCGACCCUCGGUAUACUGUCGGAAGCCCGCCCGCCCUUCACCCGGGCAGUGCGAGCUCCAGUUCGCUCAGCUCGCAGGAGAGCUUCCUCAGCCAAGCGCCUUAUCCGCUCGCAUCGCCGGUUAUUGAGCAGACGGUGGACCUCCCCGAGAUUGGCCGUCCUUCGAAACGAAGGCGCGCAGUGAGUUUCACCAGUUCGUCAUCGUCUGAGCAGUAUCAAGAUGGGGAGUCGGAGAGGGAGACCGACGAUGGCAUGGACGACGACGACGAGUAUGUCGAGGACGGCGUGUCUCGUCUGCGCACCCGUCUGCGGACCGUCUCGUCAGCCUCUUCGUCGUCUCGCUCGGACCUCCCUGCCCGCCGCAUGGCUCCGCCGGUGCCGGUGCCCAAUCUGACGAAGAAGAGCCGAGGCCGUCGUGUUCCUACGGCCAGCAGCGUCCUUACCGAGGACCUUGUGGAGAAGGGACGCAGGGGCUACAUGUGUGAGGUGGACGGGUGCGGGAAGUGCUUUGCUCGUGGCGAGCACCUCAAGCGUCACGUCCGGAGCAUCCACACGAACGAAAAGCCUCACAAGUGUCCCUUCCCUGGCUGCGGCAAGGACUUCAGCCGGCACGACAAUCUCGGGCAACACAUGCGGGUCCACAAGAACUGGCCGUCCAAGCAGCGCCGCUUGGCAGGACCCGCGUAAGCGGGUGAUGCCUUCACGAAUGACAGAUGACGCCCACUUUAACUCGUUACGAAACUGGUUCAACGGCUGGUAGCCCCAUGUCUGCGUUGCACGAUCAUUAUUACCCAGUUAUUUCUCUCGUCUUGGGAUUCAAGGGCUUACUUGGAACUCACUGUUGUUGUAUACGGACUCGCCUCGCUCUGUAACGAUACGAACAUCCAGACCGCCCGCCCCCACUGUAUGAUUAACCGCGCUUCCAUUAUACACACCCUCGGGUCGCUUAUUAGCCCUAGACAUGUUGCUCGACACAAUCUGUCAGUCACUUGCACUUUGCCCGUCUCGCCCAUAAUUGUCCGACCGCCCGGAGCUUCAGUGUCAAUGGCGGUGCGUACCGCGCGCGC